GCAUAUACUAUAUUGAUCUUAUAUGAAUUUUUAUUUCCUAAAAUAGUCUUCAUAUCAAAAGAAAAAUGGCAAAACUCUACAGAAUAAGCUCUAUACUAAUGGCUGCCCUCUUUCUUGCUUCUGCAUCAGUUCAAUUUAAUGAUCCAGAUUGGUAUUUCUGGAUUCCUCUGUAUUCUUGUGCUGCUUAUGUUAACCUGAUGAGCAGCUUAGCAACUGUUUCAUUAAAAAGAACUACAGCAACAGGUAAACUAACACUUUGGCUAGGGAUAUUCUUGCUUACUAAGGUUCUUUUGGAAGACUACCUUGGUGACAUGAUUGGGAUUUGGUCUCUUGAUAUGAGACAUAGAUUGAUUAGAGAGAAGAUUGGAAGUGGGUUAGUCACUUCUUCUAUGAUUUUGCAAUUAUCGUCGGAGAUGGAUCCUACAAAGAAUAUGGAACUCGGAUCAUACAUCGAAUAUGGGAUGGCGAUUUUGGUGGGGAUUAGCUAUGGCCUCUCCCUUGUCUUUCUAGUGCAUCAUGAAAAAGAGAUGAUGUUCUGAAUCUUCUAAUCUAUCCAGCUGUUCAAGAUAAUGUCCCAAAUUUUAUUACCUAAGAAAUGUUCUAUUUCAUGUUUAAUUUCAAUAAAAAGAUACGGUUCUUGGAA